UCACCGCGGACCCCAUUUUAGCUGUUUACCUGAGUAAAUAGUUUAAAUAUUGGUCAACAGAUAGCAGAGAAAUGCUAUUUUGAACAUGAUCGCGCGCCAUGCGUACUGAGGAUGGCGUAAAUUUAUUGCGUCGCGUACUCCGUACAAAGAUGUUUACCCCAUUUAAACAUUAAUUUGGAACUUUAGUAUUAAUUGUGCUAAAGCAAAAAAUCGCAGAAUUGUAAAAAUUUCUAUUUGUGGGAUGUUUGUUUAUAGCAAUGGAGUUUCAAACAUACUUCAGUAAAACGUGUAGACUGUGUUGCAUUACAAAUUGGAAUGGUGAGUGUAUGAAUUCCUUAUUUGAAGGGAUCGAUGGAAGAACAAUGGCAGCGAAAAUCACAAGUUUCACUGGAAUUAAGAUUGAACUGGAAGAUGGAUUGCCCCCAGUGGUAUGCAAGACAUGUACUGAUCUAGUCAACAGAGUAGAUCACUUCAUAAAAGUCUGGCGGUUCUCUGAUAACAUUCUUAGAGAUCUGUUCCAGAAAUACCGUAUUUCACUAAUACAUACACCAUUACAAGACAAAACUCAUGCGAGGGAAAAUCAAAGUAAUCUAUCUGAAAGUUCAGAUUGCUCAGUAUCAAGUAAGGGCAGUAAUCUUCUUCACCAAAAACCAGAAGAUAGAUCAUCCUCUGGAAAUACACCUGCUACAAUAGACUGUUCUGAUUCCAGUACAGGGACACACACUUCCAAGAAUGUGCAGGAAAAAUACCAGACUGAUUCAGUACAAGAACCCUUAUAUUCUGCUACUGUGCUCCCCAUACUUGGUCAUGCAUCAAAAAAUAUUAGCAAAAUUCACUCACCUGUUCCUUUGGUUAAGAGUAGUCUUAAAUAUUCUGAAACAGAAGAUGACAAAUCAGACAGUACAAUUUCCAAUACACUGGAUGGAAUACGUGAUUGUGCAGUGGUUACUUAUGACAAAUAUUCAAAUAAUGUGAAUACUGUGAGUAAACCCUUCAAUAAUACUGAGAAUGGUAAACAAAUCUACAACUCUAAGGGUGAAAAAAAAAACUUAAAUUGCGGGCAAGCUAUAAUACAUGACAUUGGAAAUAAGUCAGUCUGCAUUUCUGAAAAUAAUACUACAUUAAACAAACAUAAACUAUUAUUUCAAAUGCUGGCCAAAAAUCAUACCGACUCAUAUAAAACAUCAAACGAUAAAGAUAUUGUAUGUGGCACAACACUAGUAGAAAACACAAAAUUUCCUAUUAUUAAAGUUAACAGUUCUACGAUAAAUUCAUUUCCUAAGUCCAUUCCUAAUACAGGAAGUUCCCACAAAUCUGCAUUUCCAUUGUCCAGCAGUAAUAUUCAGCCUUCUGAAGAAUUUACCGAUGGUGUGAUACCUGAUGUGCAGAAGUCUAAUCAGCCCUCUUACAUUGCACCAGACAGUGUUGAGAAUAUGGACAAAUGUGCCUCAAAAGUGAUGACAGCUUCACUGCCUGAAAUAGGCAUAAAUACAUCUAAUAUUGGAGCCAUGUUCAACAUUUCACAACAUAAGAGUGGUUUACCUCCAGUUCCAUUGGCAGUAUUAACAGAACUAGUGAAAGAUGUUCAAAGUUAUAUGCCCAAAAGUGUAGGUCCAGUUGCUAGUGUUAACAAAAGUAGUGAAUUCAUAAUGUUAGGACUAGAUAAUUCAUGUGAUGGGAAAGAACACACUGCCAUUGAGAUGAGAGGACCUCCUGAACAACAGAUUCCACACAGAACACCCACAGUCCACAAACAUGGAACUCCUUCAAGCAUAGUAGAAUCAACUUAUACAUCAGGAGAGAAUUAUUCAUUGUCAACCCUUCCAGCAUCUAAUCCUCCUAGCAAAAUCAUGACAACAGUGUCUGUGUUACAAGAUAAACCAUCUCCUACUAUAACAGACAAUAUCUCCAUGAAUGAAAUGUUGUUAAGUCCUUCAAAGGUUACUGAUGUAAUUAGAACUGUUGGUUCAAAAUUUGGGAUAUUUCUUGAAAAUGAUGAUACUGUUGGAAACGUGUCACAAGUUCCUGAGUAUCCAGCAUCAAGAAUAGUACUGACUUAUGAAACACCUGAUUGCAGCAUCCCACAGUUUGGAGGUAACUGUACAAUACCUUACCAGACUUCUGGUCCUUCAUCACUACAAGCUCAAAGCAAUGUGACAUGUAGUACAGGUCAGGGUGUUCAAGUUGCCAUGUUAGACACAAAUCAGAUUCCGCUAAACACAGACAUUAAUAACCAACCACUAACUUCACUGCCACCACCCCAAGCAAAUUUUACACAAGUUAUGGCCUCAACAAAUUGUACUCACAGAGCUCCAAACUUUGCACCAAAUGAUUAUCAGAGAAUUUCUUCAAGACACAUUACUCUUGUUAGUAAACCCAUAGAACAAAGGAAGAGAGUUUCAGAAGAGUGUUCUAGUGGAACAAAACAAAGGAAGAAUGGCCCACGAAAUAAAUUUCCUACAUCCAAACGGAGGAGAAAAGAAGCUAAACUUGGAUACUUGUUGGAAGAAAAUUUACGAAGCCUCCUGGCUUCAAUAAAAGCAGCACUUCCAAGCACAGGGAUGAUUCCAACUCAGGAGAACCUUCAAAGUACUUUGAAGAAUCCAAAUGAUAAAAAACAGCUAGGUGUAGCUAAAACUGUAAUAUCUCAGGAGCUUGAAACAAACAAUAGGUCUAUUGGAAAGCAACAGCAUUGUAAUAAGUCAGCAGGAGUUGAGAAGGAUGAAGCACAGCAACAAGUAUCAACUGAAGGCAGAGAUACUGAAAUACUGAAUAAACUUCAUAGUUUCAGAAUCAAAAUUACCAAGACCGAUGGGAAGUACAGAAGCUCUUCAGUACAAAAUACUCAUUCACACCAUGAUCCUCACUUCCUGUCAACCCCAGAUAAUAGUCUGUUACAAAAUUAUGCAUUUGAAAAGAGACCAUUCAUAAGGAUAUCUCAGCUCAAACCUUACCAGCUUUCUCCAUUUGUUGUUGUCAAGACACUGAAGAAUUUUUUUGUACCUGAUGUAACUUACAGACUUACUGAUGCACAUGUCACUAAUCUUUUGGAUGAAAAGUAGUAAGCUUCUUAGGUAUACCAAAUUCAAGCAAAAUAUUGUAAAGAGCUUAUCUUUGAACUAAGUCAGUGAUGUACUGUCCCAUUGUACUCCAACUUUGUCUCUAGUAUCGGGCAAAUGUAUAAAAUUUGAUCAGUGAUGACACAACCCACACUGAUGAUCCCCAAUAAUUUCACUGGCAUGGAGUUGGCCUUGCCAGAAGAAUGUUGGAUAAGACUUUGUAGGCAGAUGAUAAGAGGGAGAUUCUUUGACAAUUAUUACACUGUCUUAUCACCCUUCUUUUGAACAGGUACAAUAAUAGACUCCUACUGCUGUGGCAUUUCCUCCUUGUUCCAUAUAGAAUGAAGAAGUUUGUGUAUCUCAGAAUGUAACGUUUCACCUCCUGUGCUGAUCAAUUCAUUUGGAAUCUGAUCAGUACCUAGAGAUUUAUAAUUUUUCCACUUUGACAAGGGUAGGUUCUGGCAUGAAUGGCUAAGUCGUAUGUAUAUAUUUGUCUGCAUAAUAUCAUGAACAUCUGAAACCUGGUUAAAGAAAUUUUUCCACCUAUUGAAAACACUGUGGGGAUCUGCAAACAGAUAACCAUUCUCAUCUUUGAUACUAUUAACUCUAGGCCUAGUUCACAACAAAUAUAAAAAUGAUGUACUGAUGUCACACAAAUUGGAUUGCCCAUGGUUGAAUAAUCAGUAGUUGAGAAUAGAAAGAGCACUUGCAAGAAGACAGGAAAUGAGGAUCUGAGUCACUGUAGUACCGAAAUAACUAAAAAUAGACAGGAGAGAAUUGUCUGAAAACAAAUCUUCAAACCAAAUUAGAAAACAGGUGUUUUAAACAUUUGAUGGCAGACAUUUGAAAGAAACCUGUUUGUCAAUUUUUAAUAGACCGUGACUACUUUCUUAUUCUUCUAGAACCCAGUUAUCUGAGUACAAGAGCAGCCAAGUGCUUGGACAGAAUGUUCAAGAGCAGAUAUCAGAACAAUUACUGUAUAUUUUCAUUUAGAGCAAAAUGUGGACAUAGAAAAUUUAAAUCAUCCAUUUGAAACAGCAGUUUAUAUGUUUCAUCUACUUGAACUCAUACCAAAAUUUGUACAUAUUUUUAUUGAAAUGUUUUUUUCUUCUCCCCCCCACACAGUUAUAAAGUAUUGUGUACUGUUAAAGAAACAACACAAUUUACGCAUGUUUUCUCACCUUGAACUUCAAACAAAAUUUGCACUUAUAUUUAAAUUGAUGUAAAUGUUGUUAUAUGCCUGUUUUAUACUCUAAUAAAAUGAUCAGUUGCUCAAUCAUAAUUUUAAUGAAAGAGACAUUACGUUUCAUUUUGACAAAGCAUUGUCUGCAAGUUGACGGUAGUGACAAGUAACAUUAUUGUAAUCUCCUGCACUGAUUGUCAUUUUCCAGUAUAAAAAUUUUAAGUGUACAUUGAUUCCUGUUCUGUUCACUUACUUUAAGAAGCCAUCUUUGCUACUACAACAGCUUGUAUAUAUCUUGAAGAACUAUAUUAUCCCUGCUCAUUUGCUAAGAAACUUAUAGUCACUCAGCUACUGAAGAAAUCGCCCACCAUCAUUGAUCCCUAUUGUGAGCCAGAUGAAGUCAGAAAAUGGCUGUCUUCUGGGUUGUAGCACCAUCAUCAGAUGUAUACUGAAGAGAAUAUUAGGCUGUAAGAGGGGUGAAGUGACAGGAGGAUAGACAAAACUGCAUAAUGAGCUCCAUAAUCUGUACUCUUCAAAUAUUAUUAGGGUAAUGAAAUAAAGGAGGAUGAAUGAGAUAGGCAGGGCAUAUGGCAUACAAGAUAAAUACAUAUUUUGAUUGGAAGAUAUGGACAAAGAUGGGCCUGCCACCAUCCAAUGAUAAUCUGUAAUACUGUCUCUUUAGUCAAAACCAAUCUGGGUUGUAAAGGCCAGGAAACUACAGAAUUCCACCAUUUUAUUUAUGAUCCUGCAUAGCAGAGUAACUCGGCCCACUGUGAACUACUCAUUAAAAAACAAUAAGAAAAAUUGGUGUCCUGACUUUUCAUUUAAAUAUCGCACAUCUGAUCUCACUUUACUGCAUGGAAUUCAUGAUGAAGUAAAAUCAAAAUAGAAUUUGGGAAAUUUAUGCUACCAUUAGUUCAGAAUUAUAAUUUUACAUAUUUUUUCAUACAGGUGAAAUCUGAUGUAUCAUCCUUAGAAAAGAUAAAAAAAACCAUUUAAAGUGUCUGAGAAUAAAGUGGUAAUAAUGUUAUGGCAGUUAAAUACAGAAGGAUGAGAUAGGUAUACACGUGUAUCAUGAACAGAGGAAACAAAAAUAUAACUAUAUUACAAAACAUCAAGCAGACAGAUCACUUGGGAUAUGCAGGAUUGAAUGGUAUGAGAAUAUUUUUAUGGACAUUAUGGAAAUAUGACAUGCUAAUUCAGAACACUUCUCAUCAGUCCAUGAUUUAUUCCUUUUUAACACAUAAUACUGAGUGUGAUACAACAUUUUGACAUUCUAAUACUUUCCCAAGCAUUACUGAUGUCCACACUUUUAUCCAAGUUCUAUUCUUGAAAUGAAUUUUUUCUGUAACAAAAUGAUAUAUUCCAAAGGGUUAUGACUAUGGAGUAAUACAGUCUGAAUUGUUUGGUUUUUUUGGACUUCGCCCAUUAUCUGAUGUUAUAAAAUUACACAGCAUUUCCAGGACUGGAUUUGUCCUCAUCUUCAGGUGUGGUGAAGGGGGAGGGCGUCUACUCUGUGGGGUUUGUUACAGUGAGCUAAUCUCAGUCACUGGACAAUGUAGAUCAGAACUACAAAUGUAUAAUAAGCACCUGGGAUCAAGUUGUCAACAGGAGAUUAUGAUAAGAUUAACAAUAGAAAUGAUAAGAAGGCAUAUGAAUGUCAAGACUAAGGGUAAUGUGGAAAUGGAAAUUAAAAUACAUCAAACCAAAUCCAAAACCAGAACCCCCAUGCAGGAAAAAUACAAAAUAUUAUCUUCUCUUUCAUAUCUGUCUACUGCUAGCACCAUCAGUGGACCAAGAAUACAGCCGUGAAACAGAGCCAUAGAAGUUCUCAGAAGAGUCUGUCACAUUCAAAACUGACCUUCCUUGAGAGUUGAUAAUCUUGCUGAUGAGGGGGAUCCAAAUUGGAGAAAUUUCCAAACUAGACUGGCUGAUGGGAUUUGUGAGACACACCACAUGGGCUGUUUCUUUGUAUUUCCUGUAUCUGUUAUUCUCAACUUCCAAAAUCUUAGCUUCAUUGCAUCUUACCCUAUGACCCUGCUGAUGGGCAUGUUGGGCCACUUUUUAUUUUUCUAGAAGACCCAAUUUCAGAUCGUGUUUAUGCUCACAGAGACACGUGGCUAGCAGUCUAUGUGUUUCCCCAACGUAGCUUCUCUUACACUCACAGGGAAUGCUGUAGACACAAUGGUUCAUCUGUUUCAGACUUCCUUCCAGUCUUGUUCUCAUAAGUAAACUUGUAAGAGUGUGUUUUGUUUUGAAUAUUGUCCUAAUGUUGUAGCUGUUCCCUAUACAUUUGAACUUUUCAGAAAUGCCAUUCACAUAAUGGAUAAACUUUAUGGAUGAGCUUUAACAAGACACCAAAAAAAAAAAAAAUCCCCAAAAUAGGCCACUUGAAUAGGGGCUGCCUGUGACCAACCAAAGCCGACAGCUGUGUACUAUUUAUAAUGUGACUCUACUGUUCAUAACCUUUUAUAAAUGCUACUUACUUUCAUCGCUAUGAAGAUUGUACUACUAAAAUAGGCAAAAAUUUAGAAAAACAAAAGUUCAUUAUGAAACAAGAACAACAAAAAUUCAGUAUUUUACUUCUCUCCAAUUUAGCAAGGUACAGUCAGAUAUAUAAAGAAAACUAGCAUUCACACCCAAACAGCUGAUAUACUGAAAACUGAGAGAGAAGUUGAUUAAUUUUUAUGUGAAAUUUCAAAAGCUGCAUCAGUUUUCCAUUAAAGUUUGCUAUCACAUCAUGCUUACUGCUUGCCAGUAUUCUUCAUUAUUACAUAAAUAUUGCAUGUUUCCAAAUACUGUCUUGUGAAUCUCUGAUUUAUUACUAGUUUUAAAUAGUUACCAAGUGAGGGGCAGGGGGAUAAUGAAGUGUUUUUGUGUAAUUCAAAACCAACGUGACUGUUCUGUUGCUCUGAGUCCCUCUGAUCGCAGUCGGGACAAAAUUGGUCUGUAAAUAUCAGGCGUGAAUGGUAGAAUACAUCCUUUCUCUUGUAUCUCACCUGUGAAAUAAAACAAAGACUCAAAAAUUACUUUUAUCACAAAAUGCUGAACCUAAUGAUGGAUGCAGUAAGUAUCUCUGAAACAUCAGUAAACUAUCAGACUACGUGGCACUACACCCCAGAAAACAGCCAUUUUCAUUACUGUUUCCUGUUCUAAAUUUGUAACUACUUAGUGCUUGGCAAAGCAGUACAUUUUCAUUGUUACUAAAAGAAGAAACUGUUACCUAACCAGUCUGCAAGUCAGAAUGAGUUAUCAUCUAAUGGUGGUUCUUAUGUGUUCUUUAUAUGAAGAACACUAAAUUAAUGUAUAAUGGGUAAACCAUGUACAUCCCUCCUUCCAUCUAUGUAUUUCAUCUAGAAAAUUAAUCAAUAGGUAAGAAUUAAAUUUAGCCCUGAAAAUUUACACUGAAGCUCAAAUCAAACCUUUUCAGAUUUCUCAUAUUUCUAAUUGUUAAAAUUAUCAAAAAGGUUAACUUGCAAAACAAUUUACUCAAGACUGUCCAGUACAGUAGUCCCUAACUGGCUUAUGUAUCUAGCACCUUUCUUGAACUGUUACCAUAUACAGAAAAAGGGGAUCUAGACCCAUGAACUGGUCAGACUUUAAUUACAGGAUUUAACUAUUUAGCUGUAUGCUACUGCAAUACAAAGCUAGCUGGACCAUAUGUAAGAAAAAUGUGCAUAAACAAUAAAGGUUAAUCUGACACCUGCUUCUGCCACAACUGCAUUCUGACCAGCACCUCUGUAGAGUUCUAAAUAAUAUUUUACAAAUAUAUUAUUAUUUGUAAUAUAGUUCUAUGUUAAUUACAUAAAAUAAAGUGCUUUCAUUAUGAAAAUAUA